CUCCUUAUGGUUGUCUGCUGAGGUUUAUAUCACUGAGGCUGCUGCAUCGUCUAAUCUUCUGCUUGUAAAUAUUCUCACUGAUCUCAUGACUGAGGUACUGUCUGCAAGUGGAGCCUUGUGCACCCUGGCCACUGAAGAACAUCCAAUGGGAGCUGAUGGGAUGUACGACAAGUUACGGAUGUUGAAUGUCCAGACUGGGAGCUGGGGAGGGAGGCCAGGCUGGUACCAGGGAAGCUCGGUACCAGGGCAAGGGAGUACAGCAGAAGGGUGCCAGCAGUUGGAGGUCAGAGGUGAAAACGGCAGCGGGGUUAAUGUGAACGGAGAUGAUUCCGAUGAAUCCCAGAUCCGCCUGCAACUUAAGAGGAAGCUUCAACGGAACCGCACGUCGUUCACACAAGAUCAGAUUGAGGCUUUGGAAAAAGAAUUUGAACGUACACACUAUCCAGAUGUCUUUGCCAGAGAAAGACUAGCAGCUAAAAUUGACCUCCCUGAAGCUAGAAUACAGGUAUGGUUUUCAAAUCGACGUGCCAAGUGGAGGAGGGAAGAGAAACUCCGCAAUCAGAGGAGGCAGGCGUGUAGUGGUCCAAGUCAUGUCCCCAUCAACAGCAGCUUCUCACCUACACUUUAUCAGUCAAUUCCACAGCCUGCUACCUCAGGACCAAUGCUGGGCAGAAAUGAGACCUCUCUCGCAAACAGUUACAGUGGGCUUCCACCGAUGCCAGCUUUUGCCAUGGCAAAUAACCUUCCCUUGCAGCAAUCUGUACAGCCAGUUCCAGGUCAAACGUCAUCGUAUUCUUGCAUGAUUCCAGCCAGCCCAGCUGUCAGCGUGCGGAACUACGACACAUAUACUCCUCAACACAUGCAGCCUCACAUGAACUCGCAGCCCUUGGCUUCAACAGGGGCUUCCUCUACAGGACUUAUUUCCCCUGGAGUGUCAGUUCCAGUUCAGGUUCCUGGAGGUGAUCAGGACAUGGCCCAGUACUGGCCCAGGCUGCAGUAAGGAGGCAAGGAGGGACAUGGAACAGGAAAAGAAGUCCAUCACAUUCGAGAUGAAGCCACAUUCUGCUUAUGAUGUCUCAGAGGUGCCAGUGUAACAUAAAUCCACCCUAUUGAAUUAAGUAGGGCCCAGUGGGUAUAUAAGCGAUGACUGACAGCCUGUAAAAU